UCAAUAAUUGAGCUCCUUUAUUCAAAUAUCGUCUGCUCUUUAAAAAAUUACUGUACUUAUGGAAGAAUAAAUACCUGGGGUGAUAACACAUUUUUUUCUUAAAACUUAAAAAUGUACGAUGUUGAUACAUUCGAUUCUUUAUUUGGCGAUGUAUUUAUGCAAAAUACAAACUCUAAAAACAUUGCUUCGAGCAACAAACCUAAUGCUGAUGAAAAUGUUUUAAAAAAUGAAACCAAUUCAAAACAUCUUGUUCCUGUAUCUGAAAUUCCUUCUAAAUAUCAGUCAAUAUUCAAAGCUUUCCCAAAUUUUAACAUAGUUCAGUCUGCUGUAUUUGAAGAUGUGUUUUAUACUGACAAGUCAUUAGCAGUCUGCGCUCCCACAGGGUCAGGAAAGACAGUCAUUUUUGAAUUGGGUAUCAUUAGACUUCUGAUGCUUAUUUCUGACAUUGGCCAGAUUUCUUCUAGAUACAAAAUUAUUUAUAUGGCACCUGUAAAGUCAUUGUGCAAUGAACGAUAUGAAGAUUGGAAUGCAAAAUUUUCUCCACUAGGUGCUCUGUGUAUCCAGCUGACAGGCGACACUGAUCUGGAAAACUAUUUUGAACUCCAAAAAUAUUCCAUCAUACUCACCACCCCUGAAAAAUGGGAUAGUGUUACCAGAGUUUGGAAAAAUAACAGAAACCUAGUUCAAACUGUUAAACUUCUGCUAAUUGAUGAGGUUCAUUUACUGAAUGAAGAAGAGAGAGGUGCCACUUUGGAAGCAGCUCUAAGCCGCAUGAAAGCAAUUCAAACACUUCUGAUGAGGGAAUCUUCAGAGAAGGCAAAAGCAGAACCUAAUCUUAGAUUUAUUGCUGUAUCUGCUACCCUCCCGAAUGCAGAGGAUGUUUGUGAAUGGUUGAGUCUUCCCAACAGAAAAGGAGAAUAUUACAACUUUCACGAAGAUCUGAGGCCUGUGCAAUUGAAAAAAGUUGUCGUCGGUUAUCCGUGCAGCGAUACUCAAUCUGAGUUCCGCUUUGAUCUCAUGCUGUCCUACAAGUUGAACAACGUUAUUCAGACUUACUCUGAAGCAAAGCCAACUUUAGUGUUUUGUGCUACAAGAAAAAGUGUUGUGCAGACUGCUUUAAUUUUGUCAAAGGCCACCAGUUUUGUGUUCAGCUCUUUGCAUAAACAGAAAUUGAUUGAAGCUGCGGGAAACAUCAAUGACACUAAACUCAGAGAUUGUAUUUUAAAAGGAAUAGGAUUUCACCAUGCUGGUUUGAGUGUUUCAGACCGAAGAAUAAUUGAAGAAUUUUUCUUGAUGUGCCAAAUUCAAGUGAUAAUUUCCACGAGUACAUUAUCAAUGGGAGUGAAUUUCCCUGCUCACUUGGUCAUCAUAAAAUCAACCAAUCAGUAUGCAGGUGGUUGCUACAAAGAAUACUCUGACACACAAAUAUUGCAGAUGAUUGGUAGAGCUGGAAGACCACAGUUUGACUUUUCAGCAACAGCCGUUAUAAUGACCAAGUCUUCUUUAAAGGAAAAAUAUGAAUCUAUAGUUAGUGGUAAACAGCUUGUGGAGAGCAAUUUACAUAAACACAUUGUUGAACACUUAAAUGCAGAAAUUGUCCUUGGAACUAUAACAGAUGUUUCUAUAGCCAUGGAAUGGUUAAGAGCCACCUAUCUGUAUCAGAGAGUUUUUAAGAACCCUAAAUAUUAUGGUAUGAAUAUGGAGUUAUCAAAAGAAAAAAUUGAAAAAAAGUUACUAGAUAUGUGCCUGAUUGAGUUGAAUGGAUUAAGAAAGUAUAAAUUAAUUUUCAUGGACAAUGACAGCUUUAAUGUUGAACCAACUGAUGCUGGUCGUUUAAUGGCAAGAUAUUAUCUCUCUUUUGAGACGAUGAAAUUAUUUUGCUCUCUCUCUGGAAAAGAAAACUUACCUGAUCUGCUGAAUUUAAUUUCUGCAAGUAAAGAAUUUGAAGACGUUCAGCUUCGAGUGAGUGAAAAGAAAUUGUUAAAUGAUUUGAACAAAAGUAAAACUCUUGCUAUUCGCUUUCCUCUGCAGGGUAAAAUAAAAACAAGGGCAAUGAAAGUCGACUGUCUUAUUCAAGCUUCUUUUGGAUGCCUGCCUAUUUCGGAACCCAUCUUCAAUCAAGAUAUUGCAAAAAUUUUCAGAAGUGGCGCUAGAAUCUCACAAUGUCUAUCUGAAUAUUUAGAAAUCGAAAAGAAAUCCUUUUCUGUUUUGUAUAAUGCGAUUAUUUUAGCCAAAUGUUUCAGAGCAAGACUGUGGGAGAAUUCAAAGCAUGUGUCCCGACAAGUAGAUAAGAUUGGUGUUACUCUGUCCACUUUACUAGUAAAUGCUGGUCUUACAUCGUUUGAAAGGAUUCUAAGAACAAAUCCCAGAGAAAUAGAAUUGAUUUUGAACAGACACCCUCCAUUUGGAAAUCAUGUAAUUGACAAUAUUAAGCAACUUCCUCAGUAUGAAAUUCAGGCUGAACAAACAUCUGUGGAAAAUUAUGAUUGGGUGAACAUCACUGUGUCUGUUUUCCUCAAAAACUCUGCUGAUAUGCGGGAGAAGAAAGCAUCUGACUACCUCACUUGUCACUUAUUGAUUAGAGAUGCCCUGCAAAAUGUUCUCUUGUGCAAAAAAAUCAGAAACUCUCAGCUAAUUGAGUUGUACCAGUGGUGUAAGAAGAUUUCUAGAGCUCAAAAUGGUGAUGAAAUCAACAUUCAUUUAAUUAGUGACAGUUACGUGGGUUUGGAUGUGAAUAAAAGUUUCAAGUUGGAAUAUCAUUCCUCUUAUUCAAAUGAACCGCAAAGACAAACAAAAGAAAGCGGAAAAACAAAAAUUGAGAGCUUACAAAAUCAGAAGAGAAUCUGCACUCACAAAUGCCUGAAUAAAAUGAUGUGUGGCCAUACCUGUUGCAAGAACGGAGUAACUACAUCGACAAGGAAGACCCGUGUCGAAAACUUUCUGGAUGAGAUGCACCACAAGAUAAAUUCAUUCCCAACCAAAAAAAUAAAAGUUGGUCCAAUUGUAAAAGAUGGAGGCAAGUUAAAAAGUGCACUAGAACAAACACAGAAAGUAUAUGUUGAAACUGUUAGAAGUUCAAAAAGUACCCUUGGUGAUGAACGCACAGGAACACCUUGUGUUGAUGAAAUGUGGGGAGAUGAGAGAAACAUGCAAGACUUUUGGAUAAAUGUAUCCAAUUCUACAGAUUCUGCAAAUAAAGAAAAGGAUUUAUCUGAUGGAUUAUAUUUCAAUCUAAAUUUCGAGGAUAAUGCAAAUAUUGAAUGUGGUAAUGAUGCAAGGAAAAAGGAAACCAAUAAUCCAUCUCCAAAUCAAGCAAAUAAAAUUUCUGAGAAUACUAAAAGAAACAGAGUUGUUGAAAACAGAGAUUCACCGUCUACUUCUGUUCCUUAUGAAGAAUUCAUAAAAACCAGAAAAAUCAUGACAGUGGAGCAACAGAAAGAUCCUGCUGCCCAAAAGGAACUUUAUGACAUGAUUGUUGGAUAUCUUAGCAAUUACUAGCGAUCAAACCAAUUGUUUGUCUGCAUACUUCUCCUUUUGUUCAAUGGCAGUAUUUAUUAAGAAUUUUCAUCUGUAAAAUUUUUUUCCUAGAUGAAUAAAUAAAAAAAAUGA